UUUAUUGCACCUAACUCUCUCUUCCUCCUUUGAUUCUUUCCUUUGUCUCCAUUGUUUUCCCCUUUUUUCCCCUCUUUAUUUUUGUUCUCCUUCAUCCUGGGCUACCUGCCAGAAGGUCAACUUUAAAAUGAAUUUUCCCUUCAGAAGCUUACACGAGGAUUCCGCAACUUCUAAGAUGGAAAUCCUCAGAUGCCCAUUUUUGAGAAACAUUAAUGAGCCGACAAACUUCUCUUUCUCGUCGGCCAUGUUCGUUCCGCUGCCGGUACGGGGAGCCAAAGGUCCAAUUUUCGAAGACGAACCCAAUUUUGACACGGCAUUCAGGCUUUUCCAUGGACGGGAUGGAGUGGUUCCUCUGUCAGAACGAUCUUCUUUGCAUGCUAAGAAGGCAGAGCCUGAAACAGCCCCACCCAAGUUCAAUCCAUUGGCUGCAAAGGCAGCCACCAUUAGUCUCUCGUCCUUCGGACCGGGAGGGCCCUUCAGUUUCGAUGCAUUUUCCAAUAAGUGGAACAAUCGAAACGGAAAAUCAAAAUCAUCCAAGAAAGACUCCUCUUCAAAGGAAGGAAAUUCCCAUCACGAAGCAUUGGGCAAUGAGUGGCUGCAAAGCGGUAACUGCCCGAUAGCAAAGUCAUACAGGGCUGUUAGUGGUGUCUUGCCACUUGUUGCCAAGGUUUUUAAACCACCUCCGGGGAUGAAAUUUAGGUGCCCUCCUGCAGUGGUAGCAGCCCGGGCAGCACUUGCACAAACCACUUUCGCCAAGAACCUUCGCCCUCAAGCGUUGCCUACUAAAGUACUGGUGAUAGGGAUGCUAGGCAUGGCGGCAAAUGUUCCACUAGGGAUAUGGAGGGAACAUACUAAAAAAUUCUCACCAUCUUGGUUUGUAGCCGUUCAUGCAGCUGUUCCGUUCAUAGCCAUGCUCCGGAAAUCUAUCUUGAUGCCCAAGUCAGCUAUGGCUUUCACCAUUGGGGCAUCUAUACUAGGCCAGAUUAUUGGCUCUAGGGCAGAACGAUACCGGUUGAAAGCAGUAGCAACAAAACAAUUUGGUAUCGAGGAAUCCUCUAUUUCUGUCGCUGCUCUAAAUCCGCUAGAAGGUGUUGCCUCCAAGAAUGGCUGUUGCGGGAAAGACGUCAAAUGGAAUCCUGUUCGUCUUCAGGUGGCUAUGCCUUCUUCAUCAACAGACAUGUUUUGCUAAUCAGUUUGCUCAUUUGUAAGUUGAACUAUUGCAGUUCUGCAUGUUUUCAAACUACAGUUGGCGGCUGUUCGAUGCUUUAGUGUUCCUUUCUCUGUACCAGACACUUUUAAUGGUUGUUAUUCUCUCUGAAACCAUGGCUGUUAAAGGAUUGACUUGGUAAACACUGGCAAGUGCAAUAUUCCAUGGAAAUAUAUUAAUAAAAGGUGGCUGCCGGCUGCCUUUAUAAGCUUGCA